ACCCCAACGCAGUUAGAGCAUCCUCAGACACGAUCAUGAGUGGGUCCCCUCCAGACUGCCACCCAGUCAUAUUGUUGAGUCCAUAGAUGCUGCACUGAUAAGGUCUACGUCCCUCAACACCCAUGGGGCAGCUGGUCCCUCGGGGCUGGACGCCUAUGCCUGGAGAAGGCUGUGUACAUCAUUCAAAACUGCUAGCCACUCUCUCUGUGAAUCCCUAGCUCUCUCGGCCCGCCGCCUGUGUUCAGACUAUGUCGACCCCUCCUGCGUAUACCCCCUGCUGGCUAGCCGUCUCAUAGCACUGGACAAGAACCCCGGGGUGAGACCGAUAGGCAUUGGUGAGACCCCAAGGAGAAUCAUCGCCAAGGCUGUUCUGUCCGUGACGAGGGGCGAUAUCCAGAACGCGGCAGGAUCCGUUCAGCUGUGUGCAGGACAGACUGCAGGUGUCGAGGCAGCAGCCCAUGCUGUUCAGAAAUGUUUCCAACAAGAUGAGACAGAGGCAGCCCUACUAGUCGAUGCGAGCAAUGCUUUUAACUCGCUAAAUCGGAAUGUAGCUCUUCACAACAUCAGAUUUCUCUGCCCUUCCAUCUCCACCAUGCUAAUCAACACAUACCGAGCUCCAACGGAGUUGUUCAUAGACGGUGAGGUUAUCUUCUCCAGGGAGGGGACUACGCAGGGAGAUCCCCUGGCUAUGCCAAUGUAUGCCAUCGCAACCAUCCCACUGAUAAGGAGACUACCUGCCUCUGUCACACAGAUGUGGUAUGCUGAUGACGCAGCUGCCCUGGGAACUGUUGGUGAGCUUCGCAACUGGUGGGACAACCUCACCAACCUAGGUCCUGGAUUUGGCUACUUUGCAAAUUCCACCAAGACAUGGCUGAUCACUAAAGACUACUGCCUCUCCAGAGCCACCGCUGCCUUCGCUGACACCAAUGUCAAUGUCACCAGCUCUGGACGACCAUACCUGGGGGCCCCUCUGGGCUCUUCGGAUUUUACAACAGCUUUUGUGCGUGAAAAGGUAGACUUAUGGUCAAACGAGUUGAAAACACUGUCAGAGAUAGCCACCACUCAGCCUCAUGCCGCUUAUGCCGCAUUUACUCAUGGAUUCUACAGCAAAUGGUCCCAUCUAUCCCGUAUCGUGCCGAAUCUGGGCAGUCAGUUUCAACCGCUGGAGAACAUCCUACGCACUGUGUUCAUUCCCACCAUCACUGGAAGACCACCCCCUAAUGACACAGAUAGGGAUAUCUUUGCCCUGCCCACAAGAUUCGGGGGUCUGGGCCUAAGCAACCCAGCAAAACAGUGUGAUCUACAGUUCUCCGCUUCCCACUCCAUUUCCAAGCCACUGAUAGAGUCCAUCCUGCUAAAAAAUCCAGAAUACUCCUUCGGGUGCAUGGAUGCCCAGCUGUCAGCCAAAUCUGCCGUCAAACAGCUGCGCAGGGAACAAUCCACCCUAGCAGCAGAAGAAAUCAAGCAGCGUCUCACCCCUGCCAACACUAGGACGCUGGAUCUCGCAAGCGAGAGAGGUGCCUCCAAUUGGCUAACCUCACUACCGAUCUCGGAGUUCGGCUUCAGUCUACACAAAGGUGCCUUUGUGGAUGCCCUAUGUCUACGCUAUGGUUGGACGCCUGGAGGUACGCCAAUACUCUGCGACUGUGGUGCCAACUUCUCGGUCGAGCACGUCCUCUCCUGCCCCCGUGGAGGAUUUCCUUCGAUCCGCCACAAUGAAAUCAGGGAUAUCACUGCCGACCUACUCACAGAAAUCUGUCAUGAUGUCUCGGUGGAACCUGAUCUCCAACCCCUGACUGGCGAAACCCUUGCUCACAGAACCGCCAAUAUAUCGGAUGGUGCCAGACUUGAUGUCUCCAUGAAGUGGUUCUGGGGAGGACGCCAAGAGAAGACAUUCCUGGAUGUCCGAGUGUUCAACCCACAUGCUCCGUCAAACAAAAACUCUAGCAUUGCAAACUGUUACAAAAAGCACGAAAAUGAAAAAAAAAGAGCUUAUGAGCAACAAAUCCGAGAUGUCGAACACUCAACCUUCACUCCAAUAGUCCUUUCGGCCACAGGGGGCAUGGCAAAACAGUCCACAACAUUCUACAAGCGACUUGCCUCUCGUCUAGCUGAAAAAUGGGAGCAGACAUACUGCUCAACCCUGUACUGGCUACGUGCCCGCCUGUCUUUCUCUCUACUGAGAUCUGCAAUACAAUGUAUCCGUGGCGCCCGCUCAUCUAGGGGCCACGCUGUGAAGUCCUCGCCAAUUGAUCUGAUCAGCAGCGAGGCAAGCCUCCACUCCUAGCUACCUGGAGGAAAA